GCGAAACAGCGAAUGACAAGGUAAUGCGUAUACGAAAAUAUAAAUGUUUUUGGUGGUAGAAAUAUUUACAAAAUAAAUUUUUAAUACCUCCUUCUAAAUAUAAUGGUGGAAAAAAGUGCUCCUGUUGUUAAAACUAAGACUAAAUCCAACGAAGUGUAUUACAAAGCGCGCCCCAAACCUGUGUAUUUAUGGACCGUGGCUGAUACUCAAAAGUGGCUUCGGCGACAUUGUAACGAACGAUGUGGAAAAUACUGUGAUCUAUUUCAAAGGCACGAGAUCACUGGACGUGCGUUGUUAAGAAUUACAGACAAUUCGCUUCAUCGGAUGGGAAUCGAAGAUGAAAAAGAUCGAGAAGAUAUUCUGCGGGAAAUGAUAAAACAGCGACUUAAAACAGAUAUUAUGGAGAUACGCGACAUGGAACUAAUGAAUAAUGUAUACGAAAACUGUUACUAGAAAUAUAUGUCUCGCUUUAUUUUAACAGUUUUGCUCUUCAGAGGUGCUUAAACUAUUCAUAUAUGAAUUCAAAAAACUGAAGAGAACGAUCAAUUAUAAAUAAUAAAUAUGAUAAAUUAAAUAAAUUAAAGUUUCUUGGAAUGCAAAGGAAAUUUUUCCGAAGGAAAA